GGCAGCUUCGGGACCUGAACCAAACUCAAAGGGACCCUGAAAGAGGACUAGAUAGAUCCAGGUGAUCAGAACCACGUGAUUGAUCAGAGGUGAUCGGGUAGAGCGGAUCGAUCAUAGCGGAUCGAUCAGGGUGUGUUGGUUUCUUCAGAGGGGAUGUCCCGGCUGCUGGAGAGCAGGAGACAGGACAGGAUGAAGGAAAUCACUCUAAAGAAGGAGAAGGAGCGUCUGAAGGAGCGGGAGAAGGAGGCGAGAGAGAGGGAGGCACGGUGCAGCAAUGGUCACCUGUUCACCUCCCUUACCGUGUCCUCCACCACGCUGUGUUCCUCCUGCAACCGCAGCAUCACGGCCAAGGAGGCGCUCAGCUGUCCAGCCUGUAAUGUCACCAUCCAUAACCGCUGCAGAGACAGCCUACCCAGCUGUGCUAAGAUGAAGCAGAGGCAACAGAAGCUGGCGAUGGUGAGGAACAGUUCGGCGCUGCAGACCGUGGCUCUGAGGAACAAAACUCCGAUGAUGAAGGAGCGUCCGAGCUCAGCAAUUUAUCCGUCCGACAGUCUUCGUCAGUCUCUGCUCGGCUCCAGGAGGGUUCGCUCCGGCCUUUCGCUCGCUAAGAGUGUCUCCACCAAUAACAUUGCAGGGGGCUCAGAGGACUCGGUGGGUCUGCGGAGGAUUCUGUCCCAGUCUACUGAAUCUCUGAACUUCAGGAGCCGGACUCUCUCCAUGGAGUCUCUGACAGACGACGGUGAGUGGUGGUGGAGCCCCCUGCUGGAGGAGCUGCAGGUGGAGGGCAGCUCUGUUCAGGCCGACAGCUGGAGUCUCGCCGUAGAGCCCAACUUCCUGCAGACGCUCCAUAAAGACAUCAUCAAGCAGCAGGACGUCAUCUACGAGCUGAUCCAGACCGAGUUCCACCACGUGCGGACUCUGAGGAUCAUGGAGGGCGUGUACCGGCGUGGGAUGCAGGAGGAGGUGAUUCUGGAGGCCGGCGUGGUUCACUCUGUGUUCCCGUGUCUCGACCAGCUGCUGGAGUGGCACACGCACUUCCUGUCUGAGCUGAUGAGGAGGAGGAGUGAGGGGCUGACGGAGGGCAGCUCCACCAACUUUACCAUCCAACAAAUCGGAGACCUCCUGCUGCAACACUUUUCAGGGCAGUCUGCAGAGGACAUGAAGAAGAUCUAUUCAGAGUUCUGCAGUCGACACCUGAAGGCCGUCAAACUCUACAAAGAGGUUUUAACCAGAGACCGACGACUGCAGCAGUUCAUCCGGCGAGUGUGUCGGGGUCCUCUGCUGCGUCGUCAUGGCGUUCAGGAGUGCAUCUUGCUGGUGACUCAGCGAAUCACAAAAUACCCGGUCCUGAUCCAGAGAAUCCUUGACAACACCAAAGGCAGUGAGGGGGAGGUCCAGGCUGUGAGCCAGGCUUUACUCCUCCUUAAACAGUUGAUCAGCGCUGUGGAUGAGGAGGUGCUGGAGUUGGGGCGGAGUCGGCGGCUACAGGAGGUGCAGGCUCGUUUGGACCCGCGGGCUCAGACAGAGGUUCGGGGAGGAGGCGUGUUCAGAGGAGGAGAACUGCUCAGGAGGAAGCUGCUCCACGAGGGGGCACUCCUCUGGAAGGUGCAGGGCUCCAGGAUGAAAGACGUACAGGUGCUGCUGAUGUCGGACAUCUUGGUUUUCCUCCAGGAGAAAGAUCAGAAGUUCACCUUUGCUUCACUGGAUAAAUCUCCAGUCGUCUCCCUGACAAACCUGAUUGUCAGAGAUAUAGCCAAUCAGGAACGAGGGAUUUACCUGCUCAGCGACUCUGCCCCCCCUGAGAUGUAUGAGCUGUAUGCUGCUUCCAAAGAUGACCGCAAGAUGUGGAAAACAUGGAUCCAGCAGGCUGCCCACAGCUGUCCGCCCAGAUCAGAGUUCCCACUCAUCGAGACAGAAGACAAAGCUCUAAUACGACGACUCCGAGCUGACAUUCAGCAGAAGGACAGGGAGGUGAUGGAGCUCCUGCAGGAGCGCGUCACUCUGUUUUCUGACUAUGUUGAGGCGACAGGAAGAGGCACCACAGAAGAAGAGGACGGUUUGGAUGUAAGCACCUCCUCCUUAAAGACCUCCUCUACAUCCUCCUCUUCCUGCAGGAACCUGUUCAGAGCCGACACAUCUCACGCUCCUCAGGCUGAGCCACUCCUCAGCACCUCCCUCACUGAAGUCGACAGGCUGACUGAGCUGCUGCUCCACGCCAAAAUCCAUAAAUCCAACAUAACCAACGGAAACCAGGAGCUGAGCAAUGGCGACUCAGGUUCAUUAAACGGUUCCAUCGACUCGAACAGCUCGUCAAAGGACACAAACGGUAACCAGGUCCAGGAGGGAACGGUCACCCAGGAGAUCCGUAAGCUAUUGGUCAGCCUUAGCACACACCUCCACGCCCUACAGGCUGCUGUGAUUCGUCAGGACUCCAUCCUGGAGCUGUCAGUCACCACCUGCCCGGUCUCCUCCUCGUCUGGCCACGCCCACCCACGCCUCAGCAGGUCAAUGUCCCGGGAUGCUGGGAUGGAUUCCAGUGGGGAGGCGGAGCUUCUGAGGAGACAGGUGGAGCUGCUGCAGGAGGAAGUGACGCGCCUCCGUCUGAGAGGGGAGGAGCCUUCUAGAGACGGGGUGGAGUCAGGAGGAAGGAGGAGGAGCAAUGGAGAAAUCAGUGAACAGGUGAGCAGGAGGCGUGGCAGCAGGGAACUAGAGCCCCGCCCCCCCGCCCCACUGGCCAGUCAGGAUCCUGUGGACCACCUGGACGGUCUACAGGAAGGAAAUGAAGAGGAAGAGGAGGUAAUGAGGAUCUCCCCUCGCUCUGACAGCCCCAGAGACCUGCAGGACAUCCCAGAGGAGAGCGAGUGUGGAGCUGAGCCCAGUUAACGCCACACCUCCACCACUGAUGUCAGUGUGAUGUCAGCGUUAUGUCACAGGGAGAAGGCUGGUCAGAGCUGGAGAUGAUGUCAUUUCCUGCUGUCAUGGUUUCCUUCCUGAAGUGUGUUUGAAAUCUGUUUACAUCAUCACACCAGCUGGAGGGUAACCUAGAUGUUUAUAGUCGUCACACUACGUUUCCCAGAAUGCCUUUGGAUAUCAGCAGCUCGCUUUAAAAGGAAGGGGGGGUUAAACCAUUACAUUAGACUGUAUCAAUAGAGGGUAUGCACAUGAUGUCACAGUAGGUGGGGCCACUGCAGGUCAAGCUGCUGAGAACAGAGAGGAGUGAGAGACGACUUUAAGUCAGCUGAGAGAGCACACCAUGUAGAAAAUAUUCACAGAAACAUUUGGAGCUGUAACAUUACAUUUACAAAGACAAAACCAUGUCAAACAUGUUCAGAGGAAUUUUUGGAGAAACAUUAACAAAGAUGAAACCACUCAGAAUUCCAAAUCUAUUCUCAGAAUUCUGACUUUGACCUCGGAAUCCUGAGAAUAAACUCAGUUGGGCGGGAACUGCAGGAAGGCAUCAGUGCAUACUCUUAUUACAGUGAAUAUAUUUUUAAACAGUUUUAAUUAAGUUAAAAUAGUUGAUAUAACUGUAUUAAUGACGUUAAUACAUUUAAUAUAACUGUAUUAAUGAGGUGAAUAUGUUUUUAGCUGUAAUUAUAUUCCUUAAUACUGAACUGUGAUAAAACAGUUCAGUUCGUCACUGUAAGCUGGCAGAAUCUGAUUCCUGUUUGAGACUGAACCUAAGAGUAGAUGAGAUCUUUUUCAUUUUAUUUUGUUUUUUAAACCAAAAGCAAAACUUAAAAAAAAAAAAAAAAAAAAAAAAAAAAAACAGGGCUUGACAUUGAACCCUGCCAACCCCCUAAACGUGGGUGGAUUUCAGCUGUGGCAUGUACCACAGUGACUCUCACUAGCCACUCUGGUGGGUACGACUGGUCAGUGUACAGUCCUCUGCUUCUCUCUAACUGUGCUCAGCUGUUAGCUCCAUUAAGAUGAUCAUGGCAGAAAGGUUAGUUAACACAGGUAGGAACUAAUUUACCCAAUAAACCACAAAUGUCUCGAGAGCUUAUUGUCAUCAGGUUACUGAAGGAGAACAGAGCAUGUGUUUUGUCUCAUUCCAGACCUAGACAUGUUACUUUCCAGUUUUAUUUAUACAUACAGGGAUCGACAUCUAGUUUGAGUAAAAUUUAGUGUGCCAUAGUUAUGGGUUCAUCAUAUAAAACUUUAUUUUCCAAGAAUAAGAUUGUGGCUGGUGUAAUCCAGAAUGGCUGGUAACUUUAGAAAAUAAGAAAACUAGCCACAGUGGCUAAUGAAAAAUCCAAAAUGGCUGGUGACUUCAGAAGGCUACUAGCCACAGUGGCUAGUCAAAAAUCCAAAAUUGCUGAUAACUUUCACAGACUACUAAAACUGCUAGCCACAGUGGCUGUUCAAAAUCCAGAAUGACUGGUAACUUUCAAAAACGACAAAAACAACUAGCCACAGUGACUGGUCAAAAUCCAGAAUGACUGGUAACUUUACAAAACUACUAAAACUACUAGCCACAAUGGCAAUUAAAAAAUGCAAAAUUACUGAUAACUUUCGAAAACUAAUAAAACAACUAGCCACAAUGGCUAGUGAAAAAUUCAAAAUGCUUAUUAAUGUAAGAAGACUACUGGCCAAAGUGGCUGAUGAAAAAUGCAAAAUUACCGAUAACUUUCAAAAACUACUAAAACUACUAGCCACUGUGGCUACUGAAAAAUCCAAAAUGCUGGUAACUUUACAAAUCUACAAAAACUUCUAUCCACAGUGGCUAUUGAAAAAUCCAAAUUGCUGAUAACGUUUGAAAACUACUUAAACUACUAGUGGCUGGUGAAAAUCCAAAAUGGCUGGUAACUUUACAAAACUACUAAAACUUCUGUCCACAGUGGCUGGUGAAAAUUUAAAGUGGCUGAAAACUUCUGAAAACUUCUAAAACUACUAGCCACAGUGACUGGUGAAAAAUCCAAAGUGCUGAUAACUUUCAAAAACUAUUAAAACAGUGGCUGGUGAAAUAUCCAAAAUGGCUGGUGACUUAACAAAACUGCUAUUACUUCUAUCCACAGUGACUGGUGAAAAUUAGAAGUGGCUAGUAACUUCAGAUGACUACUAGCCACAUUGGCUAGUGAAAAAUCCAAAAUGGCUGAUAACUUUUAAAAAGUACUAAAACUACUAGCCAUAGUGGCUGGUGAAAAUCUAAAGUGGCUGGUGACUUAACAAAACUGCCAUUACUUCUAUCCACAGUGGCUGGUGAAAAUUAGAAGUGGCUAGUAACUUCAGAUGACUACUAGCCACAUUGGCUAGUGAAAAAUCCAAAAUGGCUGAUAACUUUUAAAAAGUACUAAAACUACUAGCCAUAGUGGCUGGUGAAAAUCUAAAGUGGCAGGUACUUUUACAAAAGUACUAAUAGCCAUGGUGGCUGGUGAGCGUAAAAGUUCAUGUCAAGCCCUGAAACUCAAAGUUUUUCAGGAACCUGUGCAGGGGGUGGGGGAGGGGGGUGGGGUGCUAGGUCCAUCUCAGUGAUGAGCACAGCUGUCUGUUUGCAUGUUAGCAUGUGUCUGGUAUAUUUAUAUAGGAUUUGAGAUAUUUUGACUUCCUGGUUGGCUUGGACCAAUCUGCUUGUUUGUCUGAACCAAAACACUGAUCUGAGCAUAACUUUAUCGACAACGUGAUAACGGACGGCGGCAGCUGUUUCCAUGGAAAUGGUCACAGCAACUCUUUAAAUGCUGGAAUAAAAAAAUAAAAAUAAACAUCACAGAGAUCAUCUGCUUAGACAGAUGCUCCACUCCGUGAUGAUUUAAGGUCCCAGCAGCUUCUUAUCCUCAUGUUUUUAUACUUUUAUAUGUAACGUUUGUUUAACUGGUCAGUAAGACUGAAAGCUUGAUUAACUGAUCAAUAAAGACUGAAGGUUUAACCGAUCAGUCAAGAAUGAAGGGUUGUUUAACUGAUCAGUAAGGACUGAAGUAUUUUUGAAGUACCCUGAUCUAUGGUGGCCCUGAAGGUCAAGUAAAACACAAAAAAUAUGAUAUGUAGGUCUUUCAUGAAAACAAUGUUCAUUAAACACUAAAACAUACUAAAUAAAUACAGAAAUGUUUCCUGGGACACAAAACAUUUCUAAAUCCUUUUUUCAGCCACAGAAAAAUUUCAUGAAAACCCGAAACGGUGAAAAUCAAAAACAUUCAGUGAAACUCAGAAACAUUCAGUGAAACUCCAGAACAUUUCAGGAACCUUUUAUCAACAUUUCAUUGAACUGUUUCACUGAAUGCUUCUGUGAAUCACAGCAUGUUUUACUUAGUUUGAUACUAUUUUGAUAUUUUUUUAGUCAGUGUAUUUAUGUUCACUAUGAUAUUUCUGGUUUUGUGCAGUGAUUCUUGUGCUUUAAGUGGAAGGUUUUUGACCUUGAGGGCCGCCGUAGUGGGCAGUAGAGACAUUAGACUGAAUUAGUGUUGAGUAUAAAUAUUGAUCAGAACAGUGUAAAUGCUUGUUGUCAUGUUUCUGAUGUGUGUUAUAAAUCUAAUCAGCUGGAACAUUUGCUGUUUUUAAUGAUCUUCUUCAUCAUUAUAACCGACUGUACAUUAUUUUAUCAAUGAAAAUUAAAGAAUAAUUCAACAGUGA